AUGGCUUAUCUAUUAUAUACCCUGCAGACAUUACUGCUCGUGGGGAAAGGCUGGGAACUCCUGCUUAGUGUAAUUAUAUUCCUGAACUUAUAUAUGCCCGCAGAUAACUCGACAGGGGACCCUAUGGCAGAUACAUGUCCCUCCUUUAAUCUACCAGAGUCUAUUGCCUCGUCCGUCGCAGCCGGAUUGUCUUCUAUACCAGAGACUGGGCCACCGAGUUUCCCAGAUUUUUCUUGUAUAGAUCAGGCCGAAGAUGUCAGCUGGUCACUCCCAACUAAUAUCCCAGUGCAAUUGCCUUCUUGGGAUUCAUUGGCGCCUGUUUCCACAGCAUUGUCCAUGACAGACUUCCACCGCUACAGCAUGCAUCAGGAAUCACCUGCACCUGUCCCUGUGCGGAACAUCGAGUCGCUAGUACCCCCAUGGCUACAGAUUAUGAUGAAUUACCAUGGAACUGCAGCCAGCCCGCUCGAUAAUGUCAGUGCAAAUAGCCAGGAGUCAUCGUGUAAUGUCACCGUGCCGGAAGACCAGGUCGAGCAUCGUCACUCGACCUAG